UUUUAUGACGUCAUUUGUAUUCGGCUUUCAUCAUGGCGACCCCCACAACCUUGAAUAUCGGCGAGCCAGCCGAUGAAAUGUCAGUUGAUGGAAACAAUGCUCCAAAUGGAGAAAAUUCACAAUCUGGAGAUUGUGAAACGCAGGAUGAAAGGAAAAGUGAGGCGUUUAACUUAACAGAAGGUUUAUUAAGCCCAAGAAAAUCCCAAGAGGAGAUCGACGAGUUAAUGAUGCAUGGAUACGAAAUGGACGACAUCAUUGAAGAAGAGUCUAAGGGUUUAAGCAGUUUUUUCCCAGAGUUUUUGAUAACGCCGAGUGAUGUAUUAUACAAAAUUGCACCUGGAGUUGGAUCUGUUUGCUAUGGUUAUUUCUCUCUUGCUUGCAUGGAGCCACAAUUCAACAGAGCAUUUGGAGAUGUCCAUAAAUUAGUCAACAACGUAUUCUGGUUCCAAGCUCACUGUGGCAUUGGCUUGUACAUUUACUCUCGACGACAUAUUAGAAAGCUGCCAGCAAGCAGAGCCUUUUUCUACAGUAUUUUUGGCACAGUAGUGUUCAAUUUAGGCUCUUGCAUGGUCUGGGGACUUGGUCAAGCUCUACUUCCUCGUUCAACAGCAUUGAGAGUAGCAUUCAGUCUGUUAAGCAGUUCUAUGUUGCUCUACGCAGGUCAAGACUAUUUACAGUAUGUGGACAAGAGUUGUUCAGAACUGGAUUAAAUGUUUCUUUUUUUUUUAAAUGUGCAAUUAUAACAAACAUUUAUGAUUUUAAAUUUUAAAUAAAUCAAAAUUUCAAGAGGAUUUAGGUAUUAGCUUUAAAGACUUAGGAUAGGAAGUUGACACACCAGAAAAGGUUUUACUUGACAUCUCAGACCACAACUGUAUUUAUGUGUAUAUACUGUUUAUUUUGACCCUAAGCCUCAAGUAUUGUGUGUACAUAUAAAAAACUUAUUUGUUGAAAUGGACAUAAUACAGCAACUGCUUAAUUGAUUAUUAAAAUGUGUAUGGAAUCUCAGCCAUGUCAUUUUUAAUAUCUUUUUUUUACAAUUUUAAAAUUUAUUACAUUUUUGCAUUAAUUUACACAUAUUAAGGUUACCUGUGUUAUUUUUUUUUAUACAACUUGUUAAUAGAUGGUGCUUUAUUAUAUAAUUUUUAAAAGACAUUUGCACUGGUAUUCAGUUUUAGAUGUGUUCAUUGAUCAUUUGUAUAAUGCACAUAGCCUCCCCUAAAAAUUUGUUGGACUAAUUUUAUUUUUUAAAGUUUAGUAACAUAAUCAAGGUGUAUCAAAAAAUAUUUUAAUAAGCCAGUAAAUUAUGUAGUUAAUAUUAUUAUCAGUACUUAACGCAUAUGUGUAUUUUGUAGUAUUGUAUGUAUUUUAAAACAUCUCAGUUGAAGCUGUAUUGACAGCACUGCUUUUAUUCCAUUUCAAAGUUUUCUCAAGUUAUACUGACAAAAUGUCUUGUAUAUCUGAAUAUCUGGUCACUGUUGUUUUGUUUUAUUUUGUUUCCAACUUUUGUUGGUUUAGAUACUCAGUAUUGUCAAUAAACAAUUAACAUGAUGAUUCUUGCUA